AAGAUACACCAUGAUGACAUCCAACAUCGCAGAAUCACUCAACGCUGCACUAAAAGCUGCAAGAAAUCUCCCCAUUGAUAUCUUGGUUGAAUGCCUUAGAAGUUUGGUUCAAAAGUGGGUUUGGAACAACUCAAAUAAUGCAAAUGGAACAUUCACAAAAGUCUCUACAGCAAUAGAAAAUGAAUUGAGACAUGACAUUGUUUCAAAAAUGAAGUAUGAGGUCUUGCCUUUCAACACAAUAGAAUACCAAGUUCGUGAUCAAAAGGGGAUAAAUUUCACAGUAAAUAUACAUAAUAGAACAUGCACUUGCAAUAGGUUCCAAGAAGAUGAAAUACCUUGUGGCCAUGCAGUAGCUGUCAUUGCAAAAAGAAACUUGAGUGUCUAUGAUUAUUGUGCAAAAUUCUACAGAACAGAAACGUUGAAAGCAUUGUAUCAAGAAAAUGUUCAUCCUUUGCCCCAUAAAGAUGAAUGGAAUCUCCCACAACACUUGGACAUACUAGUGCUGCCUCCAAAUUCAACAAUCCCUGCAGGAAGACCAAGAAAGAAACGAAUAAGAUCAAGAGGGGAAAAUAAGGUAAUAAUCACCUGUGGGAAAUGUGCACAACCAGGACAUAACAGGAAGACUUGCAGGAAUCCUCCAUUUCAGAAGCCAAAUAAACAGAAAAAGCCAAAGACAUAGAUUCACAUUCUACAGCAAAACAAACCUUUCAUAGCUUUACUCAUUGAAAGAAAGACUUUCAUAUUCAUCAAGUAUCAUUCAGAAUUUUAAUAAGAUUGUUUCAAAUUGAAACACAUUGAUUGGUUAUGCGAACUUAUAAAAUCCUUUCAAAAUAAUUUCUUGGAUUUGUUUGCUUCUAUUUUUCAAUGCUACAAUCACUAUAAAUAAACCAUGACGGAAAAAAAAUGAUCAUACCCAGUUACCAAUAAUUAACAACAAAAACAACGAUAUGGGUAACUGGUUACCCUGAAGUUUCAAUACAAGGUAAAUUACCCCACUAUAACAAUCUAGAACCCAAAAAAAAAAAAAAAAGAAUUAAAACCUUUACUUUCUUCUAUCACAAACUCGUCUAUAUAUAAUAUUAAAGUUACUUUAAUAUUAAUUUAAUAAAUUGGUUGCAUAACUAUAAAAAAGACAAGCUUAGGGAAAAAAAAAACACUUAAGUAACCAGUUACCCUCGGUAUAUUAGGAAACAAACAGCCUGAGUACCUAGUUACCCUCAAAUAUCACCAAUAAAAUUAGUUAAACAACCCAACUAAGAACUAGUUUCCCUCAAGUUAUUCCAUAAAACAGUGGAAAAAAAUACAAAAACAAACAGAAAACUAGCUACCUGAUUUAAAGUGUUAUCUAAAAUAUAUAUUAAUACAUGUAAUUAACAAACAACAAACCAAUGGGGAAAAAUUAAAAUAAAAACAAUUAAGUAACCAGUUACCCUUGGUAUGUUAGAAAAUAAACAACCUGGGUACCUGGUUACCCUCUAAAUCAUUCUUCCAAAAAGCUUAC